AUGGAGACCUGUCAGGCCGACGACUCCGCAGACGGCGAACCUCUCGUGGUAGUAGGAGACCUCAUACUAGAUCAGUAUGUCUAUGGCUGCGUUCGUCGAAACGCCCCAGAGGCCGACGUACCGGUCGUGGAGCGGGAGAAAACAGACUACUACCCCGGCGGAGCGGCAAAUGUUGCGAUGAAUCAUGUCGCACUGGGUACGGCAGUUGUCCUAAUCGGAGCUGUGGGAGACGACGCAGAUGUACAUCGCCUGCUCUCGCUUCUGACCAGCGCCAAGGUCGAUGUCUCGGAUUUUGAAGUCUAG